UUAAAAACAUCGUCUGGACAAGUACUCUUAGACCUCACAGUUAAGAACGUCUACGUGAUAGGACGUGACAGUUUGGUUUUGGACGGACCAGGCUUACCUGUGAAUAUGGACCAGUGCGACUGUCGGUUAGACAGCGAGUGUACACAAACUUCGGCCGACUGCAGUGAUGCUACAACAGAUGUUUGGUUGGACUUCAACAGUGUUCUGACAGGAGCCCUGACUGUGUUGGGCUAUCUUCUCUACCGAUUCUCACAGGCCCUCCCUGCUCUGAUAAGAUGGCCCAUCCAUAUCUUCUGUACACUCACUGGUAUGUCCCAUCUGUGGGGUUGGGUGAGCCACCUGGCGGGGACUAUUCGUAGCUUGCAGUACUUAUUGAAGGGGCUGUCAAAUAUUUGGAGGUUUAUAGCUGGUAUACUAACAAGUGUGAAGCAGUGUGUGAGCUCUGUCAACAAAGUGAAACCUCGAACAAGAAAUCAAGAUUUUAUUGAAAAGAGCAGUCCGCUAAACAAGGUGCCUUUGAAUGACAAUUCCCCAGUCACAGAUCACUCCAUCAAUCCUGGUCCCAGAGAGCCUGACCUGAGGCUCAUCCUCAUGGGACCUCCUGGUGGGGGUAAGACCUCCUUGGCUGAGACCCUACUGGGCUGCAGUCUCUCCCAGGUCGGGGGGUCCCUAGGUGCCGUCACAGAGUGUACCAGGCAAAAGGUUUUGGUGGACAGGAGGAAGCUGACAGUAAUCGACACACCAGACCUCCUCGGUCCAUCUCUGAGUGACCAUAAGAGAGCCUGGGAGGCACUCCUCAGCCUGCAGCUUGCUAGCCCAGGCCCCCAUGCCUUCCUGCUUGUUCUCAGAGCCCCUGGCUCUGGACAAGGGGUAGAGCAUGACGCUGCCGUGACAACCAGGGCUCUCCUGGAACUAGUCGGGGAGGGGGCCUCCGGACACAUUGUCGUUGUCCUCACCCAUGCCGACUGUCUAUCCCCGGGCUCCACGCUUGCACAGCUACUUGAGGAUGAUGCUGGAGGCAUCAGGAGUGCUCUGUGUCUGUGUGGUCAGAGGGCGGAGCUGGUGGACAACAGCCCAGGCCGGCCUGUGGAGGAGAGAAGGAAGGACCUGGCAAGGGGCCUGCUAGAGAAACUGGCAGAGAUGAGAGCGCUGAGGGGACACUACACCCAUGAGCUGCAGAAGAGGGAGGACCGCUUCAAGAAGGAACUGCUGGCUGACAUGGCCUCUGUGUUGGCGCUUAAACUUGGACAGAAUCAUUGAGAGAAAGAGACACAAGUGAUGUUUCCAUUAAAUGGCCGAUAAUUUUCACGUUAGGAUCGUAAUAUUUGCAAAUAUAGAAGAUACGCAAAUUUUCCCACCAGUGGUGUAACUUUUAGUGGAAAUAAUGAGUACACAUCAGUUUUUCAUUCACCUUUUCAAGUACCGAAUAAAAAUGUUUCCACCACUUAAACUCCACUGAACUUUUUGAAGUUUUAUUUCAAGAAAUGUUGUGUUAAAUAGUUUGUUUGCUCAAUCUGGUCUUUGCACCUGCUCUCAAGGUGUCAUAUCGCAAAUAUUAAUGGUCUUAUUAAUAUUCAAAAAAAGAUUUAUGAUUGGAAAGGUGCUCAUUUCUAUACACUUUCACAGCCGUGGGGGAAUGUCUGA